UCACACAUGCGCAGUACAUCUCUGGCUGAUGCUCAUCAUGACGUAAAGAUGGCGGCGUCCACUGUGAAUCGUGCAACACGCCUAAUAUCUUCUGCCUUAUCCCCUUGUUCCCUUAAAGUUUCUGGUUUGAUCACGUCUUGUUAUGGGGAUGUUAGAGUGCUGUCAUCUAAAGGAUUACGCUAUUAUUCCGCAGUUGGGCACGAGAGGUGUUGGAAAGCAGCAAGCAGCUUGACAUUGAGGAGGUUGUCAUGGUCAAAGGCUCGCCAUGUCCUCUGUACGCAGGCCUUUCACACAAGUGCCGUCUGUCAGAACAAGGAAGAUUUCUACCAAGUGUUGGGUGUUGCUCGCAAUGCCACACAGAAGGAAAUCAAAAAGUCAUACUACCAGAUGGCAAAGAAGUACCACCCAGACACCAACCCAGACGAUCCCCAAGCCAAAGAGAAAUUUGCCAAGUUGGCAGAGGCAUAUGAGGUGUUGAGCGACGAGGUGAAGAGGCGGCAGUAUGACACGUACGGCUCGGCGGACGGCCCCGGCGGGGGCUUCGGCAGCAGCAGCCGCGAGCAGCAGCACUGGAGCCGCUCCUCCAACAUCGACCCUGAGGAGCUCUUCCGCAAGAUCUUCGGAGACUUCACCGGCGCCCAGGGCUUCGGCAACUUCAGCUCCGUCUUCGAGCAGCCUCCCGAGUUCAUGAUGGAGUUGACCUUCACCCAGGCCGCCAAGGGCGUCAACAAGGAGAUCACGGUCAACAUCGAGGACACCUGCCCCAGGUGCGACGGCAAAGGCAACGACCCGGGAACCAAAGUGCAACACUGCCACUACUGCAAUGGCACAGGCAUGGAGUCAGUGAGCACGGGUCCCUUCAUGAUGCGCUCCACGUGUCGGCGGUGCGGAGGCCGAGGCUCUAUCGUCAUCACGCCGUGCAUCAUGUGCCGUGGCCGCGGCCAGGUCAAGCAGAAGCACACCGUCAUGGUGCCCGUGCCCGCAGGUGUGGACGAUGGACAGACAGUGCGAAUGCCCGUUGGCCAGAAGGAGAUCCACAUCACAUUUAAAGUCCAGAGGAGUCCGCUGUUUCGGCGAGACGGCCCUAACAUCCACUCUGACGUGAACAUCUCGGUGGCCCAGGCCAUCCUAGGGGGCACGGCCCGGGCGGAGGGCCUCCACGGCCCCAUCAGCAUAGAGAUUCCUCCCGGCAUGCAGUCAGACCAGCGCAUCCACCUGCAGGGGAAGGGCAUCAAGCGCAUGCACAGCUUCGGCCACGGAGACCACUACGUACACAUCAAAGUCAAAAUACCCAAAAAGCUGACGCGGAGGCAGAGGUCGCUCCUGUUGGAGUUUGCUGAGGAGGAGGUGGACGUCCAAGGCUCCGUCAACGGCGUCAGCCCUGCAGCCAGGACACAGGGUCAGCAGACGUCAGGAGAGCAGAUGGGUCCGCAGGACGAGGGGAAGAAGGAGGAGGGGGGAGGCUUCUUCUCCAAGCUGAAGAAGAUGUUCAGCAGCUGAGGGGCACAGGAAGGAAACCUCGAAGUGACAAAGGAGGCGUACAGACGUAGCGGAGAUGGAACAGGGGGGACGACACAUUGCUCUCCGCUCCCCUUGUCUUGAGGCCGGUCUCCAACAUCCUCCAACCUAACUACCCCACUCCAGGUGCACAGUAUAGGCAGCGAGUGGUGGUGGUGGUGGUGGUGGAGGGUGUUUGGGUUGAGACUGAACACGUGUUGAAGACGGGACUCUUCAUAUCUACAUGAUGGGCAGACCAGGUCCGAACAAGAACCAGUUAGUGGACUAUAAUCGGUUCUCAUCCACCUCCAUUUUCUAUAGUGUUUACAACAUAAACACUAUAAAAAGACGACAUCCCUGACUCACUGGUUUACAAUAAACUCUCUGAAAGACACUAUUUAGCCAAUAUUGAAAAAGGAUCCAGAGUAAAUCAGUAAAAAAAAACUGUAUAAGAAGAAUGGAGGAUGGAAAGGAGUAGGUAGGUGUCUGGGACAGUUGAAGUUGAAGAACUUGGAUACGGUAUGACUGGAGUGGCCUGGAGAUUCUCUGUGUGUAUGUGUGCACUGCAGUACUGUAAUCCUCUAUUAUGUCUAUUGAAGCAUUCACCUCACACUGUGAGACAGAAAGGAAUAAAACGUGAAUAAAUGGAGGAACACAA